AUGCCGCGGGACCCCAAUCGUGGUAGAUUGCGUUCUCAUGAGGCUUGUCUAAAUUGCAGGAGGAAGAAGACGAGGUGUCCAGCCGAAAAGCCCGCCUGUUCAAGCUGCGUUCGCCUCAAUCAACCCUGUCUCUACACACCCACUCCGAAAGGCUCGCGAAGUGGCCCAUCUGCCGAUCGGUUGGCGUAUCUUGAAGAGAAAGUCAAUUUAAUUCUGAGCGGCAAAGGGUCAAGUCCUCACGACCAAGUCACCAACAGACCACAUGAAAUCACAGACGCAAAUUAUUCCGUUCCUUCGAAUCCCCCAUCCAAUGAGUUUAGUGGCAAUGUGAACGAGCCAUUUUUACUCGGAUUUGGAUAUGACGAUUCCAAAAACCAUACUCCCUCCCGUGUCUCCCAUUCCCUGGAGCUUUAUUUUCAAUACUGUCAUCGGCAGCCUAUAUGGUGCUUUGAUCGCGAGGAAGUGAAGGAUCCGAGUUACAUCUCCGAGGAGCUUGUCUGUAGUAUUAUUACAUUGACCGCUCGAUUCUCUCAGGAUCGCGAUGAGAUACAACAAUAUGGGGACACAGCACGAACGUUGGUUAUGCUUCGUAUAGCAAAUGGAACCGUGGAACUUGAAACGAUCGAAAGCCUGUGUCUCCUUUCCUAUUCCGCUUUCUUAGAUGGAAACGGACAUUUGGGGAGAUUUCAUCUCGGCCUUGCUCUUCAACUUUGUCGAUCUGCAAUGCUAGAUCUAAACUCUACAUACGGCAUUGAAUGUCCGGCUGCCGAGAGAAAGAAAAGGCUUUUCUGGAGUUUGCAGUCAUUAGAGCAAACAUAUGGGCAAAUAGGUGGCAUAUUGAGUGUCCCUGCUGAAGUCUUACGGCCCUUUUACUUGUCCACCGGAAGCGACCAAGCUCUUGAAAACAAUGAACACCAACCGCCACCUUUACCCAAUGAUUCACUGGGCUGUGAUAGCUCGCGUGAUAUUGGAAUUUGGAAUUUAGCGUUGCAUUUUGGUUGGGUAUGGAGUCGGGUCCGAACUUACGUGUUUGAUUGCGCCCAGAGCAAGUUGAAAGAACCAUGGAGGCAUGACUCAAUGUACGCGAUGGUUUUAUCCGAUUUGACUGAACUUGAGAACAAGUUAUCAUUGUGCCAUCGAUAUGAUUCAGUGAAGUUUUACGAACGCCGACCAGAUGAAUUGCGUGGUAAUCGAGAUUACUGGGCCUCUUGGCUCAAACUGCAGUUCACCUACCACACUAUUCUCACGGUGUUGAACCACCCUUUCCUUUAUAUUGUGGCUUCUCAAUACAACCACAAAUUGACAAUUCCGAAUACCUUCUGGCGGCGGUCCUCAGAAGUGGUCAUGCUACAUGCGACAUGGAUAGUUCGCAUGAUUGAUAUGGUUUCAGAAAAGAAAAUGCGAUUAAUUGACCCCUUCUUUGGACAUGCUGCUGCCAUCGCCGCCACGGUACAUCUUUACUUUUGCUGUGCGGCUGAUCCGCGAUUAAAAUAUAAGUCCAAGACGGACUUUGCAAAAUGCAGGAGAUUUUUGAAGAGUUUUGUUUCAUUUUCUCCAGCCUGUGAAUCUCUGGACCUAACAUUAGAUAAAAUGACCCGCAUUGCGUCUGGCUCAGAAAAGGUGGACUUUGACUGGGAACCAUCAAAGAUUCAUCUUAGCAUCCCUUUGAUGUGGGAUGUUCUACAAAUCAAUUGUUCGUCCAGCAUGGAAGAAGCGCCUUAUGCUGGCUUGCUUCAUCCAUCCCUUGCUCCAGUCCAUUUUACAGAUGACAAAGAUACGUCAUCAUCCACACUUGAGGUCAUUGUCGCCAUGUCCCCAGAAAUUACAGUAAAUACAGCUGAUGGUGGCUCAGCUGCUCAUAUGCCCCCUAGCAUACCUCGUGUUGCUUCUACACCAACUAGUCCUAAUACUGCAUUUGGCGAUAAGCUUGUUGCACCCGCUGACAGUCUCAUGGCUAAUACUCCUUGGUUAUGGACUGACCCUUCACAGUUUGUUGAUAUGGAAACCCUUGGGUAUCCUGAGUCGGAUUCAACCCUGGGUAAUAUUGAAGGGUUUUCGACGUGGUGGGAUUUUGGAAACUUAUAA